AGAUUUAUCUUCUCAUAGCAGAGCUAUGGCCCAGAAGACUGAAGUAUGAACAACAGAAACCUGCAUACAAAACAGCUGGGGUACUUGAAGUAUUACUCUGAUAAACGCAAUGGCCAGGGUGAUAAGAAGAUGGAACAGGGGCAGAUGUUGGGGACUGCCAUGACGGCAGCCGCACUUCAACAACACCUUUCUCUGUCUUUGGGGUUAACCUCCAAUUUGAAGAGGGGUACUGGUAAAAAGAAGAGGAGAGCUGUAAGAGCUAGAGGAGCAGAGGAGGAGUAUGUAUUGGAGGAUAAACCACCACCACCUACAUUGGCUCAGAGAUACGGAUUAGCGGCGCCACCGCCUGCAGUUCUAACUGAAGGGGAGUGGGAGCACGUAAAGAACCAGUCCUUGGUACGAGGUGACAACACCGCUCCUUGUGUCAUUUGUAAGGAGGAGUUUGGGCUGGACGGCCAGGUCCUGCUGUCUUGCUCGCACAUGUUUCACAAGGCGUGUUUGAAAGCGUUUGAGAGAUACAGCGGACGUAAAACAUGUCCGAUGUGCCGUAGAGACCAGUACGAAACUAGAGUGGUACAUGAGGGAGCUAAAAGACACAAGGAUAAUUCGGCUACCAGGAUCCAAGCAGCCUGGAGAGGGUAUAAAGUUAGGAAGUGGUACAGGGAAUACUCACUAAGGAACCCUCCUAAAGAUCCCCGGUUGAGGACUAAAUACUUUGAGAAGAAGUUGGAGGGAUUGACGGGUCGCAUGGUGGACAUGGUGGAGAACAGCAGAACUGCAACAGACCGGCUAUGUAGUGAUAUAGAUGUGGAGCUGGCUAGGAGCAGGAGGGUUAUGCAGACUGCUAACUUGCUAACUACUGGCAGACUCACUGCUGAGAAGUGGAAGUCUAUUGAGGAGAAGGUACUAGACAGAGGAGACACAGAAUGUCCUAUCUGUAUCGGAUCGCUGAGGAACAGAAAACGGCCAACAACCCUCCUCUCCUGCUCUCACAUCUACCACAGAACUUGUAUUGACAUGUUCGAGAAUCUGACCACUGAGACUGCGCCUACCUGUCCCGUGUGCAGAUGUGACUAUGUCAAGAAACCAUUCACUGCUGCAGUUUGACGUGGUAAGAGUGGGAGAUUAGACUUUUCUUAGGACAGAGAAUUUGGGUUGUUUUGUAGCCCUAGUUCGUGAAAAGGGACAGAUUUUAUUUGUGCAUGAACUUGAAAUUUAUUAUCAUAAAAUAUUAAUCACCAUUAUAAUAUUAACAACGUGUAUAUAAAUUAAACGAGUGUAGAGUAAUGUAAAUAUUUUGUAAAUAGUUCUUUAUGUUAUUUUACCGCCAGAGCACAGAGUAUGAUCGAAAAAUGUCUUGAAAUCUUCGUGUACCGUUUUUCACUAAUAGUUUUUUUUUUCACUAAUAGUUUUUCACUAAUAGUUUUGUAAC